AUGAGUGAUCCAUUAACCUACGAUAGUUUUCAAGAUCCACAUUUACAAAAUUAUUUUCAAAAUAAAAAUAUUCGAAAGCAUCUUAGAAAAACUGGAUUAAUAAAUCGAUAUAAUGAAAUAAUUCCCUAUAAAGAAUAUCAAGCAACAGUUAAUCAACGUUCUCGACAAGAACAUAUUCGAGCUUUGUUAUCACAUGGAGUUGUUCAACGUGUUAUUGACUUAGAAAGGUCUCGACAAGCAAAUAUACGAAAUCAAUUUGAAGCUACUGCCAAAAGAAUGCUUGUUGAAAAUAUAAAAGAAUCAAAACAACCAUAUCGACAAUUGCCAUCCAAAGAUUUUCAUUUAUUAAAUCGACCUAAAACUAGUUUUUCAAAUACUACUUUUCAAAUUUAUCAACAACAAAUAAAAGCAGUUGAUGAAAACAAAAAAAGUCCAUCACGUGUUUCAUUUGUUUAUCCAACACGUUUAUCCCCAAGAACAAGUAUUUCUACAAGAGCCAAAACUACAAAGAUAAUAAAAUCUAAUGUAAAUUUAAAAAAUCAUUCUCAAAUAACAAUGGUUUACUUGGGUUCACAAACUCAUAUCGAUUAUGAUCAAUCAUUACAACAACAAAAUAGUUCGGAAAUUAUUGUUAUGCAACAACAUUGCGGAGGAGAAAACCUUAUUCUAUUUAAAAAGAAUCUUCAACAAAAUGAAAAAUUUACAUUUGAAUCUCGACGUCAUUUCGCAUAUCCAUUUGCAUUAAGUUUAUAUGUCAAUGGUUUAAUUGAUUGUCGUAUAUCAGUGUGCUGUGAAUACAAACAUAAGAUCGGUUUACCAUUAGGUGGGAAACGUGCUUCAUUUGCUAUUUUGAAUGUUCAAGGUGGAAAACCUUGUCAAACAUGUCGAUUCAAUGAAUAUAUGUCUAAUUCGCUAUUAUCGAAACAUAAAACAUAUGAUAAAAGUUCGGUAACUACUGAUAAAUCAAAAAAUGAACCAAUUUAUGAAAUCAAUCCAGAACGUUUAUUAUGUACACCAACACCAUGUGAUGAACGUGAAAAUGAGACAACGAAUUCAAAUGAAAGUGAUGAAUAUCGUCAAGCUGAACAAAUUUAUGAAAAUCUCCUUAUGAAAAUAAAUGAUAAUCUUAAUUGGAAAGAAAAUAGUCGUUUUCAAUGGCAAUUAGCUAAUAUAUGCAAAGAAGGACUUGGCGAUUAUGAUCGAGCUCUUGAUCAUUAUUUAAUAUCUCUUGAAACAUUGUGUCAAUAUAUAUCGCCAUUAGAUCUUAAACUUCGAAAUUUAUAUUUAAGUAUUGGCCAUAUUUUUCUUUUACAAGGAAAAUUGAAAAAUCAUUUAGCAAUUGAUUAUUUUCAACGUGUUUUAAAUAUUGAUUAUUCAACAAAUAAUAAAACUUCUAAAACUUAUCUUAUAACUGAUCAUAAUUAUCUUGGAUUAUUAUAUCAAAGCGAAGAAAAUUUUUCUCAGGCUUUAUUUCAUUUCAAAAAAGCUUUAAAAUAUAUUUUAUUAAUUAAAUCAACAGAAACUUUUAAUUCAAUUCCAAUUUCAAAUUCGAAUGAAAAUGAUUAUUUAAUUAAUCGAACAAUUUACGAUAGAAAAGCUCUAGAAGCUUUAUCAAUAAAUAAUUUAGCAAACAUAUCAGAGAUUCAUUUUAAUUUAGCAAUAACAUAUCAAAAUCUUGGACAAAAACAAAAUGCAUUUAAACAUACAGAAAAAGCACUUCAAUUAUCAACAGAUGAUCAAAAGAAAUUUAAUAUUUAUCAAAAUUAUUUUAAUAAGCUGCAACAGAUUUAA